ACUCAUUCCUCGAAAAAAUGACAAUCAUUACGCGGGACAACUUUGAAACCUGCUCGAAUUCCCUCCAGGCGACUGCGCUCGAUGCCACCAGCCUGGCAGCCUCGUCUCUUCCACCUGACCUAGCCUUCCAUCGUUCCAUGGACCAGUCACUGGCUCAUGAUCUGGAUUCACUCUCCACUCGCGUACUUGAACUUCACAAAUCGAAUAAUUCGGCUCUCCAAUAAGGACAAUGCCGCAAAUUUUGGUCGUUUGGAGGAUGAGGAGGAUGUUGUUGACGAAUUCUCUCGCAAUGUCGUGGAUGCAAUGGAAGGCAUGUUGGAGAGAACGGAUAGUGCUCUCGAUGAAUUUUUGGGCAGGAAAAAAGCACCUGCUAUCCAGGUGCCUGAUACCCUACCAGAUUCUCGCCGUAAGAACGAAGCAAAGAAACGAGUCCUUCCCCGUGGAAGAUUGGAUCCUACCAUUACACACGCAUCUCACCUUCCAAAACCGCAACUCAAAUUUAGAUAUCUGCACCCAAAUACAGACGAAUCUCCAUAUAUCCCCGCCGCACUCAUCGCUCACAAAUGGUGUGCAAAAGUACCACUGGGAUAUAUCUUUGAGGACAACUUCUCUAGGAGUGAGCAGUCUAUUCAGAAUGAGGAAGAUGGGGAGGCAGAGAAAAAAAAGCGAACCUUGCAUCCCUACUACUACGAACUGAUGCAUCCUGCAUACCCUGACCAUAUCUUCGAUCCACCCUCUAACCCAGUGCGACCAUCAUCACUCGAAGGAUUAUCAAAGACGACGUCCCCCUCCCGCCCGUUCACCUUUGUCGCACACUCGAAAGAUUUCCUUUCUUUCGCCAAUGCUCUGACAUCUGUCACAGAAUUGGCUGUGGAUCUGGAGCACCAUUCAUACAGGUCUUAUAGGGGAUUUUUAGCCCUGAUGCAAGUUUCAACGAGGCAGGAAGAUUUCAUUAUCGACUUACUCGUACCAGAUAUACGAGAAGGGCUACGGCAGAGAAAGGGAAAACCUCUUGCUAAAAGUGAGGACGAAAAGAUGGCGAAUGACGCUGGUGAGAUCGUUGCAAGAGUUUUUGCCGAUCCCGCAGUUGUGAAGGUAUUCCACGGCGCAGACUCUGAUAUCGUCUGGCUCCAACAAGACUUCAACAUUUUCGUUGUGGGCCUGUUCGACACGUUCCACGCCUCUAAGUUAUUAGAGCUCUCCAAACAUAGUCUCGCCAACCUUUUGGAGACAUAUUGUGAAUUUGUGCCAGAUAAGAGGUAUCAACUUGCUGACUGGAGGAUCAGACCUCUUCCAGUCGAGAUGCUGGCCUAUGCACAAUCUGACACUCAUUUCUUGCUCUACAUAUAUGAUAGACUUCGGCUUGCUUUGGUUGAAAAGGCGACGUCUCAAUUUGCGUCAGACUCGUCACCAGAUUCAAUGCCCACCGCAACAGGCAGUGGAACUGACCCCUACACGUUUAUCCGCAGUGUUCUCGCCUGCUCCGCUCGUACUUCUCUGCGUCUUUACGAAGUAGAAGCGUACGACGCGUUAGGUGGUUCUGGCUCCGGUGGAUGGGACACCUUGGCGAGAAAAUGGAACAAGGUUGCUUUGACGGCUUCUGGAGGGCUCGACCACAACUCGAACAACGGUAAUGGCAUUACCAGUGCGUCAGUGGCAGUGUAUCGUACCAUACAUCGUUGGAGAGAGGACGUGGCAAGGGAAGAAGAUGAGAGCACACGGUACGUGCUUCCAACGCACCACCUAUUCCUCAUGGCAGAACGCCCACCGUCAUCAUCAUCGGACCUUGUCUCCCUCUUUGAUCGAGCAGGUGGCGGUAUUGGGGCCGUUCCACCUGUACUGAGGCGACGCACGGGAGAGUUGGUCGAUGCAGUGAAAUCCGCUAUUGAUAGUGUGGCUGUUACUUUGAAACAGUCAACGGGCCCGGAGGUUGCAGAGACUGCAACUGGAGGGGUAUCGGUAUCCGCUGACGUCUCUUCCACCGUACAAAGUUCGAGGAACAACAAAAUUAUUUCGACAGACAUUGAAUCCCGCUUAUGGUCAAUGCCCGCCUCUUCGCCGUACUCUGUCACCUCUCGCUCCAUCCUGUUUUCAUCUACACGAGCAAAGGCAUAUGCAUUCCAUCAGGCCAUAGCUUACACUGCAGCACAUAGCACGUUGUUGGGAGACACAUCACGGAUCAUUGAAUCGCGAAGCUUGAGAUCCACGUUGAUGCCAAACGCGACUGACCGAUUCAGGGGCAUCGCAGAAAGGAUCCAUCGCACAUUGGUUAUCGCCCCCGUGGUUUCCGUACCGACCGCCAUUGCAAAAGUGGAAUCCACAGUUACUAGCAACACAUCGGGGCCUUUGAACGUGACGCUUCAUGAAACGGGGAAGCCUACAUCAACUCCCUGUGAACCUGCAGGUCAAAUCGAAACUCCGUUUGUUCCCGAGCACCAACGCCAAUCGCGCUCAUCUGUCCACCCUUAUGCACCUAUCGAAGAUGACACUAUUGUUGUCGUUGGGCAGGCCGGCGCAAGGCAGCGCAAACGAAAACGCGAGAGGAAUAAGGGCACGAUAUCGCAAACGCGAUCUGAUUCUGCGGCCGUGGGCGGUGAUCGGGAAGCUGAAGUGGAAGCAUUCGACUACUCCAGUGUUCCCAACUUGCUGGAUGGAGGGAACAAAAAGGAGAGGACAAGUGAGGAGAAUGACAGGAAAAAGAAGAAGCCGAGACAAAGUAAGGGUAAGUGUCAUUAAACAAGUGCUUCCUCCGAGUCAAGGACAGAUAUGGAGUGUGGCGUCGGCACCCCAACGACGCUGCGAAACCAGUGGUUCGCCUGUAUGGAUUGCUCAGCUCUCUGUUUUCAUUCGCCAACUCCUGGACUUUACUCACAUUCGCUCUUUUUUCAGAUUCCAGACCGCCUAUGCAAGCCAAUAUUCGAGCCGGGCCCCGGGACCAGCGAGAGGUCAAGAGUGGCAACAAAACCCACACUUUCAAAUGAGAUCAUCAUCGUUUCUCUGGAGCUGUAGCAGUACAAUCGGGGGUACUCUGUAUGUUAUCCCUGAUGCCCUUGGAACCACUCUGAUGCAUGUAUCGCGAGUGU